AUGAACUGCAUCCUGGCACGUGAUACGGAUAUGAAGGUCCUCCUCGUAGACGAUUAUGCAUUGCCGAUGAUAGCUACUGCCUGCUCGCAGACGGAGUUGCUCAAGCACAAGGUGUACCUUAUCGAGUCCCUUAACAGUGCGGCGCGACAGCGGAACUUGAUGAAGAUGCUGCGGUGCUAUAUUCUUCUGCGGCCACGUCUCGCGAGUGUGGACGCGGCGUGUGUGGAGCUGCGCAUGGCGAAGUACCGCAGCUACCACAUCUUCUUCUGUGGCACAGCCACCGCGGAAAUGCUGGAUCGCCUCGCACAUGCUGACAACGACUCGCUCGUGGAGCAGGUGCAAGAGGUGUUCUGCGAUUUUAACGCCGUCAAUAAUGACGCCUUCGUUCUGGAGACGCCGCCGCCGCAGUCGCUUGUGUCUUCAUUCAUGUCUGCCUCGCAGGUGCGCCGACUGGCGGAGGGGCUGGCCUCGCUCAUGGUGGCGCAGCGCCGGCGACCCUACAUUCGCUACCAGAAGAAUAGCCCGUUUGUGCAGCGCCUCACCGCAGAGCUGGUGGAGGUCCUGAAAAGUGACACCAGCCUGUACGACUACCCAACGCGGGACACGGUGUUGCUGCUGUUGGACCGCAGCGACGACCCGCUCACCCCGCUUCUCACCCCAUGGACCUACCAGGCAAUGCUUCACGAACACAUCGGGCUGCGCUCCAACACGCUCAAGCUGCCGGCAGACGUGCAAGGAGCCGAGAAGGAGGGCUACGUCUUCUCCGAACAUGAUGACUCGUUCUUCGCCAACAACAUGUUUAGCAACUGGGGCGACCUGUGCAACAGCGUGAAGAAGUACGUCGACCAGUGCAAGGCAGCGCUGAAUCUUGACCGCCCCACCGCCACCCUCGAAGAGCUCAAGGAUUUCAUGCAGAAAAUUCCGCAGACGCAGAGUCUCACCGGGUCCGUCACGAAGCACACGACCGUGACCACGUAUCUCUCCAGUGUCAUCAAAAAGCGCAACCUGCUGGAGGUCUCUCUAUUAGAGCAGGACAUGAUCGCCUCUUCGGACCAGCGUAACCACUGGGCACGCCUGCAGUCCAUCGCGUCGAGCGCCAGUACAAGCCAAGAUGACCUCACGCGCCUCUGCCUCAUCUACCAUCUUCGUUAUGAGCAACCCAGCGGCGCAUCGCAGGUGACACCGUACCUCGACCGCGUCAACUCCAACUACGCCCUGCUCCUUAGAAAACUGCGGCAGUACUACGGUCAUCACCGAGCCACCGAUCGCCUGUUUGCCGCAACCGGUGUCAUGGCAAAAAUUGUGAAGACGUUUGUGGAUGUCGGAAACAUUUACACUCAGCAUGAGCCUGUCCUGAAGCGCACCCUGCAACAGCUGUACAGCGGUCAGCUCGACACUGCUUCGUACCCGUACCUGGAACAGUCGACCUCCUCCUCCUCCUCCGGUGGCGGCACGCUGAACGCGGAGUACAAGCCAACGGAGGCGAUUGUGUACAUGUGCGGCGGGUAUACAUUCGAGGAGGCAGCGCUCGUACGUAGCAUAAACGCCCGCACCGCGUACAAGCCGACUGAUGCAGCCUCGUUUGCAGCCGGCGGAAGUAGCAUCAAGGCAUCAAUCGGCGGCGAAGCCACUCUCAACACGCACUCGUUCCUGAAUUUGCUUGAACAGCUGUCGCCUUCGUAA